AUGUCCAAGCCGGUGGACCACGUCAAGCGACCCAUGAACGCCUUCAUGGUGUGGUCCCGGGCCCAGCGACGCAAAAUGGCCCAGGAGAACCCCAAGAUGCACAACUCGGAGAUCAGCAAGCGACUGGGGGCCGAGUGGAAACUGCUCACAGAGUCGGAGAAGCGACCCUUCAUAGACGAGGCGAAGCGCCUGCGGGCCAUGCACAUGAAGGAGCAUCCUGACUACAAGUACCGACCGCGCAGGAAGCCCAAGACCCUGCUCAAGAAAGACAAGUUCGCCUUCCCCGUGCCCUACGGCCUGGGCGGCGUAGGGGACCCGGAGCACCAUGGGCUGAAGGCGGGGGGUGGGCUUCACGGGGGCGCCGGGGGCGGGCUGGUGCCCGAGUCGCUGCUCGCCAACCCAGAGAAAGCCGCGGCCGCCGCGGCUGCCGCCGCCGCGCGCGUUUUCUUCCCGCAGUCGGCUGCCGCGGCGGCCGCCGCCGCCGCCGCCGCGGCAAGCAGCCCCUACUCUCUGCUGGACCUGGGCUCUAAAAUGGCAGAGAUCUCCUCGUCCUCCUCUGGGCUCCCCUACGCGUCCUCGCUGGGCUACCCGACGGCCGGGGCCGGUGCCUUCCACGGGGCCGCCGCCGCAGCUGCAGCCGCUGCCGCCGCCGCCGGGGGGCACACGCACUCGCACCCCAGCCCCGGCAACCCGGGCUACAUGAUACCGUGCAACUGCAGCGCCUGGCCGAGUCCGGGACUCCAGCCACCCCUCGCCUAUAUCCUGUUGCCCGGCAUGGGCAAACCUCAGCUGGACCCUUACCCUGCAGCCUACGCCGCGGCGUUAUGA